CGACCAAUCAGAUUCGUGAGGGGUAGCAUUUUGAAAUCGUUGGCGGCUGAGGAAGUUUUUAAUAGUAAAGCCUGGGCUUUCUUCGCUAAAACGUUCAUAAUACAGUUCUUCAGUACGAUGCAGAAUAAGGAAAACUAUGAGCCCAGGGGUUUUCAGAGACCGUUCACAACCCCUAGUAUGGUGGCAGGCCCACAGCGUGUUCAGGUGAAGCCACGAGCAGAGAUGGACAGAAGUGCCAUCACAGGCCCUGGGAGAGAGUGUGUUGGGUCAUCCUCCAGUUCAGCAUCAAAGAAAAUCACUAUCGAUGACUUUGACAUUGGUCGUCCACUGGGGAAGGGCAAAUUUGGUAAUGUCUACCUCGCAAGGGUGAAGAAGCUGCAAUCCGUCGUGGCACUGAAGGUGUUGUUCAAGUCACAGAUGGAAAAGGAGUGUGUGGAGCAUCAACUCAGGAGGGAGAUUGAGAUUCAGGCACAUCUCAAGCACCCCAACAUUUUACGCUUCUACAAUUAUUUCCAUGACCGAAAGAGGGUGUUUUUGGUGCUUGAGUACGCCCCACGUGGUGAAAUGUACAAGGAGCUGCAGAGAUGUGGAAGAUUUGAUGAAAAUCGUACUGCCACGUACAUGGAGGAGAUAUCCGAUGCACUGCUGUACUGCCAUGAGAGGAAAGUGAUUCAUCGAGACAUCAAACCAGAGAAUCUGCUUCUCGGCUAUCGUGGAGAGCUGAAAAUUGCUGAUUUUGGUUGGUCUGUCCAUGCACCUUCUCUAAGACGUCGUACAAUGUGCGGGACACUGGAUUACCUCCCUCCAGAGAUGAUUGAGGGUCACACUCACACUGAGAAGGUCGACCUGUGGUGCAUCGGGGUCCUCUGCUAUGAAUGCUUGGUCGGCAACCCACCUUUUGAAACUGCCAGCCAUUCAGAAACAUACAAAAGAAUUAUGAAGGUGGAUUUAAAGUUCCCUAGAAACAUCUCGGAUGGUGCAAAGGACCUGAUCUCCAAGCUGCUCCGCCACAACCCCAUCGAUCGUCUCUCACUACAGUGUGUCAUUGACCACCCGUGGGUACGCGCCAACUCCCGCAGAGUCCUACCCCCCAUCUGCCCCACCAAUAAAUCCUGAGCCUGCCUGUGUACCUCCUACUGUGGGGGUGCUUUAUCUGUCCUUCACAACAGACUCUGGACCAGCAUGUUUUGGUUCCACUGCCAUGGGCUUUAAACUGCCAUUAUUCUGGCACAUUUUAUGAUGGGUAUAAAUGCAUACCAACUUUUUUUAUAUUGUACAGUGUGAUAUCACUAUGUCUAUGUGAUGUAUGUUGUCUAGAGGUGUUUUGUGUUUUUAUUGUCAUUCCCUUUUCUAAAACUUUUAAAAAUGGACCCAGCUAUAUUUUGGAUUUCUGUAUCUGACGGUGUUGACACCAAAGUACUACUGUUAGACUGCCUCAAGCUGUGUAUAUUCUCAAAUAGUUUAAGAUGAGGUGUUGGGAUGGAAAGCAUGUUUUAUUUUGCCUCAAGCUACACUUUAAAUUUCUAAUAAAUAUCAUACAAGGA